AUGCGUAUCAUUUUCUUUGUCCACAUCUAUGGGAUAUUUUGGAAUGUAGUGACCUAUGAUGAUGUGCAUGUUGACUUCACCCGGGAAGAGUGGGCUUUGCUGGAUCCUUCCCAGAAGAGUCUCUACAAUGAUGUGAUGCUGGAGACCUGUAGGAACCUCACUGCUAUAGGCUACAAAUGGGAAGGUCAUAAUAUUGAAGAACAUUGUCAAAGUUCUUGGAAACAUGGAAGGUAA